AUGGAGGGAAGAGCUCAGUCCUCGCCAUUUCGGUGUACAAAUCUGUUGCUGCUGCACUGCUUUCUUCGUAGCUUCGUUGUGGCGGCAGCAGCAACCAACAUCACCAAAGACCAAUCUGCCCUGCUUGCUCCCAAAUCCCACAUCACUUAUGACCCUCACAGUAUCCUGGCAAAAAACUGGUCUGCAACUGCUUCUGUUUGUGCAUGGAUUGGUGUCACAUGUAAUGCUCCCCACAACAGAGUCCAUGCCUUGAACCUUUCUUACAUGGGGCUGGAGGGCACCAUCCCUCCAUACCUAGGAAACCUCUCGUUCCUCGCACAGCUCCAUCUCCAAAACAACAGCUUUCACGGUUCUCUGCCCUAUCAGAUGGUUCGUCUGCGAAGAUUGAAGUUCAUCACCUUUGCAUACAACCGCUUAAGCGGGGAGAUCCCAUCAUUUUUCGGGUCACUGCCAAAACUCGGGUACUUGCAUUUGGGUGGCAAUGAACUUUCGGGUUCUAUACCUGCAAGCCUCUUCAAUGCAUCCUCCUCAUCACUGCAAAAGCUUGUUCUUUCUGACAACGCCCUUUCGGGUUCUAUGCCCUCUACCAUUUUCAACAUGUCCUCAUUGCAGGGCAUUGAUCUCCCCAACUGUAGCCUAUCUGAUGAACUUCCAGGGAACAUUUUUAGUCAGCUUCCUAAUUUGCAAGGGAUUUAUUUGUCACUUAACCAUUUUUCAGUUGCUCCAAACUCCACUUUCUAUAUCUGUCUUACAAUACCUUCACCGGAAGCAUACCUGCCGGCAUUUCGAAUCUCACCGUGCUUGCCGGGUUAUAUUUGGGCUACAACAGUUUCAAAGGAAGCUAUUCACAAAUUUGCUGGCGUGGGUCUGCAGCUGCUCAUCCUCUCUGUUUUGUAG